UUUCUGUUUCUGUGUACUUCAAAAGUGUCUUACUUCCUCCUUAAAAAGACCGCUGAAAACCUGUAUAUUUCCUACCUCAAUUAACUCAGUUUUUGACCAACCAGGGAUUUAUUGGGCAGUGUGUACAUAAAGAUUCCAACUUUAUAAGGGGAAGGUAGUAAAGGCUAAAGGGUUGAUUGAGAUGAUAGGUGAGAAUAGUCUGAACUUGUGUUUUGAGAAGCUGAUGGUUUUCGGAGGAGGAAAUUGUAAUAAUGGUAAAAUGGGUGGGGCUGCUGGAAGAGAGAUCACCGAGUGGAAGGAUAUUCCUGUGGAGUUGUUGUUGGGGAUUGUUUCACUUGUUGAUGAUGAUAGAAUUAUGAUUCUGGCUUCUGGGGUUUGUAGUGGCUGGAGGGAUGCCAUUUCUUGUGGUCUCAUCCAUCUGAAUCUUUCUUGGUGCAAGAAGAACAUGAACAAUUUGGUUCUAUCACUAGCUCCAAAGUUCACAAAAUUGCAAGUUCUAAAUCUGCGACAGGAUAAACCGCAGCUUCUAGAUGAUGCUGUCGAGAUGAUUUCUAAAAAUUGCCAUGAUCUACAAGACCUGGACCUCAGCAAGAGCUUCAAGCUUACUGAUUACUCCUUGUAUGUCCUUGCUCAUGGUUGUCCAAUUCUUACAAGGCUGAACAUAAGUGGGUGCUCGGCUUUCAGUGACAAUGCUCUCGCCUAUCUGGCAAGAUAUUGCAGAAAACUUGAAGUCUUAAAUCUUUGUGGGUGUGUUAGAGCUGCAACUGAUACAGCAUUGAAGGCUAUUGGGCAUCAUUGCAAUCAGUUGCAGAUCGUGAACUUGGGAUGGUGCGAGAAAGUUAGUGAUGCUGGGGUAACAAGUUUAGCAUAUGGCUGUCCUAAUUUAAGAGAGCUUGACUUGUGUGGCUGUAUUCUUAUAACAGAUGAGAGUGUGAUUGCUUUGGCGACAAACUGCCCUCAUCUGAGAUCUCUUGACCUGUAUUACUGCCGGAACAUCACAGACAAAGCAAUGCAUUCUCUAGCUCAAAGUGGAGUCAAGAACAAGCGUGAGAUGUGGGAGUCUGUGAAAAACAGAUAUGGAGAGGGGCUUGUACAUUUGAACAUCAGCCAGUGCACAGCCCUUACUCCUCCAGCAGUUCAGGCAGUAUGUGACUUGUUUCCUGCUCUCCAUACUUGCCCCGGCCAGCAUUCUCUCAUCAUAAGUGGCUGUCUUAACCUCACAUCUGUGCAUUGUGCCUGUGCUGUCCAGGCACACCGGGCUCUUGCCGCAACCCCCCAUCCAGCUCUUUAAACUGUGUUUGGGAGAUUCCAUGAACUUGAUGUAAGCUCCAGAUGAAGGAUCAUUUUUCCUUGUACAUAUUCCUGUGUUCACUGUAUGAUGGACAUUUAAGAUUUGUGGCUUCAUAUGCCCUUUUAUACUUCCAUUUCUGCAGAGUUUGUUGGUUGUGUUACCAUAUACUGAUUUCAAUCAUUAUCAUGCAAUCUUAGCCUUGUUGAAACU